AUGGCUGAAUAUGAAGCCUACAUCUAUGGGACUGAAGUUGCUAUUGAUUUGAGAAUCAAGCAUCUUGAGGUAUAUGUGGAUUCUGCCUUGGUCAUUAUCCAAAUUAAUGGAGAUUGGGAGACUCGUCAUCCAAAUUUAAUUCCAUACCAAGAACAUGUGAUGAAAUUGAUUCCAUACUUUAAAGAGAUCACAUUCAACCAUAUUUUAAGAGAAGAGAAUCAUUUGGCAGACGCGCUGGCCACUCUAGCGUCAAUGUUCAAAGUCAAAUGGGCAAAUGAAACCCCUUCCAUCAGCAUUAUGAGGUUGGAUGAGCUAGCUUUUUGUUAUAAUAAUGACGAAGUUCGGGAUGAUAAGCCCUGGUUUUUUGAUAUCAAGAGAUACUCGGAGAAACAAGAAUACCCGGAGGAUGCGACUAUCCCUGACAAGAAAACAUUAAGGGAAAUGUCUGCCCGAUUUUUCUUAAGUGGUUACGUAUUGUAUAAGAGGAAUCAUGACUUUAUUCUUCUCAGAUGCAUGGAUAUACACGAAGUAGACAUAAUUAUUAAAGAGAUUCAUGAGGGUUUGUUUGGAACACACUCCAUUGGUCAUGCCAUGGCGAAAAGGAUUUUGAGAGCACACUAUUAUUGGAUGACUAUGGAGAUUGACUGCCACCUUCACGCCAGAUCAUGUCAUAAAUUCCAAAUUUAUGCUGAUAAAGUCCAUGUUCCUACUGUGCCUUUGAAUGUUCUGACUUCCCUGUAG